AUGAUCUAUCUAAAAACAUCGGGGAACUUAAGCUCAUAUGGCUUCCUGAAUGUUACCAAUUUCCUGCAGAAUGUAAGCUGUUGGUCUGUGAUGAAUAUUCAUUAUAUCCAUCGCUGUGAGAUGGCCAGUAGGAUGCCCGAUUGCAGAUACAUCAGCAAUUUCUUUAACUACUUCUUGCUGAUGUACUGUACAUUCAAGAUCAAUAAUAAAAUUACCGAAGUAUUGGUACUUUUGAUGUUUGCGUUACUCUACUGUUUGUUCCUCUGCAUUGUCUACGUGGCCAUCGGCAAUUAUUUUUUACCAACACUGAAAAUUGCGGCUCUGAGGUUACGAAUAAACGAAUAUUUGGCAGGCGUGUUGCUUGUAGGUGUGGCCACAGCGACUCCUGAUCUUUUGGUUAACACAGCACCAGUUCGGGCCCAGUCCUACACCUUCAACAUAGCCAUGUCCAGUUGCCUGACGAUCAUAUGCUUGAGCGGAGGAGCAGUGUGCUUCAUUCGGCCAUUCAAGAUGAAUGGUCACUGUGUCUUCAGGGAUCUCCUCUUUCUUCUGUUCGUCGUGGAACUGGUGCGGCUUUUUAUUAAGGAUACCUAUUUAAAGCCAUGGGUAAAGGGUGUUAUGAUAAUGGUUAUUUAUCCAGUAUACAUUAUUAUUAAUAUUGUCGACAUGCUCCUUCUGCGACUCGAAAUAAGAAAACUUCGAAGGGAUGUAGAAUACAUGCGACAGUCCCAAGCAUCUAUACAACAUAAUCGUGUAUUGGCCGAAAAGGUCGUUCAAUUGGCAACGCUUGAGGAGGAAGAUGAAAUCCAAUUUUUUGAAACAAAGCUAUUUGGCAAGAAGACUUUUAAAACGGGAUUCUUUGUUACACCAAAGCCAUUGAUUCGUCAUAAAGAAAUUGAUGUGGAAAGCAAUCGAAUAGCUCUUCAUAGCAAAGACAAUUCUAAAAAUCUAUUCCUAUUCAGUGAUUUUUUCCAUGCCAUCAACCCAAUUAACCCAGAAGUAUGGUAUCUAAGUGGCGGAGGUGCGCGUUUUUUAAUCGUGUUAACGGCCCCUGUAAAUUUCAUGCUCCGAUUGUUAAUCCCAUAUGUGGACUACCAGAGGGCCAAGCAUGGGUGGACCAAGCUGCUCAACUGCCUGCAAAUCGUAUUGACACCUUUUGUGAGCACCUCAUUGGUAGAAAGCAUGAUUUACAACCGACACUCUGCUUGGUAUACCGUUCCACAGUUUAAACUGGCAGUAUGGACUUUGGUUAUAACGGUUCCCUUGGCCAUUACUGUAUUUAUAAACUCUCGCACUGACAUCCCGCCGUCGUAUCAAUUCCUAUAUGUUGUGAUAUCGAUUCCCGCCGUGAUUAUCUUAUGCUGGAUUUGUGCCUGGGAAAUGGACGCUUUGAUAACAAUCAUGGGAAUUGGCUUAGAUCUGGAGCCCUCCUUCAUGAGCAUCACCUUCAAUACUGUUUCUGGUGCUGCGGCCGACUUUAUUUCCCAUGUGCAUCUCGCCGAGCAUGGCUAUGGAAAGAUGGCCUUUGGAGCCAUUAUUGGGGGUUCAGUUUUCAAUAUAGUUAUCAACGUUGGCACAGAGCUGGUCAAGCAGACAAAGCUGGAUGCGAAUGGUCAGGUGAUUUUGUUCGAUACGACGGGCGAAACCAUCUACAUAUUCCUGGUGAUAACCAUUGUGACCACUCUGUGGUGGAGCCUUACCUUCAACUUCGUUGCCCGCCGAUCCGCUGGCGUAUUCAUGUGGAGCCUAUUCAUAUUGUUCAUAUUUUACUCGGUUGCCAUUGAAUUCGAAUGGGUCCACGGAUUCGAGGACAGCCCUCACAUCGUCCCGUCUUAA